AUGACAAGGUUUUCGUCAUGUAUUUCAGAUGCAGACCAAUGUGAGAGAUGUCCAGAAGAUCAGUAUUCGAAUGCAGAAAAAGUCCAGUGCCUUCCCAAACGUUUCAGCUAUUUAUCCUAUAGGGAACCCUUGGGAAUCGUUUUGAGUUCUCUGACUCUUUUCUUUUCAGCAAUUCUUAUUUUGGUGGCAGUGACCUUCAUUCUACAUUGGGACACCCCCAUUGUCAAAGCCAACAACAGGAACAUCACAUGUGUACUCGUUUCCUCUCUCCUGCUGUGUUUUCUGUGUUCUCUGAUCUUCAUAGGUCAGCCUGGGAAUGUGACUUGCUUUCUCAGGCAAACAAUGUUUGGUACCAUUUUCUCUCUCUCGGUAUCUUGUGUCUUGGCCAAGACCAUCACGGUUGUUUUGGCCUUCCUGGCCACUAAGCCAGGAAACCAGAUGAGGAAAUGGCUAGGAAACAGACUGGCGGGAUCCAUCAUUGUCUUCUGCUCCUGUAUUCAAGCAGUUAUCUGUAUGGUAUGGUUGAUCAUAUCUCCUCCCUUCCCUGAAUGGGACAUGCAUUCACAGGCUCAAGAGAUCAUUGUUCAAUGUAAUGAAGGCUCAGAUGCCAUGUUUUACAUUAUCCUGGGCUACUUGUGGCUCCUGGCCACCAGCAGUUUCACUGUGGCUUUCUUUGCCAGAAAACUGCCUGAUACUUUUAAUGAAGCCAAGCUGAUCACCUUCAGCAUGCUUGUGUUUUGUAGCAUUUGGGUGUCCUUCAUCCCAGCCUAUAUGAGCACCAAGGGGAAAUACACGGUGGCUGUGGAGGUCUUUUCCAUCUUGGGCUCUACUGCAGGCCUCCUGGGCUGCAUCUUUUUUCCCAAGUGCUAUAUCAUUCUCCUGAACCCACAUCUGAACACAAAGCAGCAUCUAACCAGGAGAACAAGUUAA